AUGACAGACGAGGAAGUGAUAUGUGGGUACACAGAAGAAGUCUCCACUACUCGAUUUGUUUAUAUUUCGAUUGGAGGAAUCAUUGCGCUACUCGGAUGUGUUUUCAAUCUUCUCCUUCUUUACCUAUUCACAUUUCGACAACUCGCCAAUUCUCCUCCGCAACUCUAUCCAGCCAUUCUGGCAUUUCUAGAUACUCUCCUUUGUUUCUUUUUUCUUAUGAUUUUCGUCGUUGAUGUCAAUAUGAUCUACAAUAAGAGUGAGUACCUCUUCCUUCUAUUCCACCGCUAUAUUAUCAUCACUUUCAUCACUGCCAAGUUGGUACAAUUUCUAAUUCCCUACCUACUAAUGUUGGGUACACUUGAGAGGUACACAUGGAUCGAUAAUAAGCACAAUAAAAUGGCUAUUUUGCAACCAAAGUACCGUCCGUUCACCCUUGGAGGUCUUCUUCUAGGAGCCAUAUUGCUUCGAGUGCCAUCUGCAAUGGCUCUGACAAUUACAGAGUUUCGAAAGUGUCCCGACUUUUUUCGAACUCUGGCAGUAGAUGUGGAGGAGUGGGCACAGGUGAGCACGGUGUACAUGGUAUACGAUGUAUAUGGAAUUGCCUGCCUUCAAACGUUCUGUCCUUUUCUCUGCCUAAUGGCUCUCAAUUUGGUAAUCGUUAACAAAUUGGCAAAGCUCGAUGCUCAACAAUGUCCUACCAAAGAAAUCAAGGAUAGUCCAACUAAACGAAAGAGGUCAAGGAUCUUAUCUUCUUUACGGAUUGGAAAAAUUCAAAUAACUUCUACAGUGAGGAAUGCGAUCUACACAAUGGUGGCAAUUGUAACUACCUACUUGAUCUCAAAUUCGUUACAUAUUUUGCUAACUCUACUGGAAGUGACAAAAGCUUCGAUUUUAGUCGAUGAGCACGAUCCGUACAAGGCUUCGAACCUGUACACUCUCCUGGGAGAUGCUGUCAGUCUUCUUUACAUGAUUUCAUCUGCCAUUCGAGUUUUGAUCUACACCUACUGUAAUCCUGCCAUCCGUCACCAACUGUUCUCUUUUCUCGGACUACGAAAAGAUCGAAAGGAUUCCGAUCAAUCCAGAAUCAUCAUUGCUCCACCGCUUUAUAUUGAAGGACAGUUAUCAAAUAGUGUUUAG